CCAUACAGCAGAUAGAAAGAUUAUGAAAUGUAAACCAACCCAUUAUGAAAAGCACCUUUCUAGGGCCGUUGCCGUGCAUUUCGUAAUACAAGUUGACCGGUUCCUGGCUUCGACCCUGAGCCACUGUUGCAAACCCUUGCUUGUAUGGAUGUUGCCAGUGUAAUUCCGGCAUUUUUCUGGGAAUGUUAUCAACAUCCCCGGUCAUAGAUUCAAAAACGGUAUCGGUUGCCAUGAUGAGUUGAUUGUGACAGGAAUGUCUGUGCCGCUCAGUAUGGUGUGUGUCGCGGAAUGUCUUGGGAAGGGGUUGAGUGCGAAAACGUCUAAAGUAAUGUUUGAAAUAGACUCAGUCAGCUCCACGUGGAAAAGAUGGGCCACCAUUAGGAUGGCCAUAACUCUCAAGGCAAAUGAAAACAGCCUCGGUUGGGCUAAAGAUAUGUUUCAUGUGGAAUCGUUCUUAUUACUACAUCUCGAUGCUUUCCUUACGACAUUACCAGAUAGUUAUUGCAACAUGCACAACAGGAUACAGACACAUAGCUCAAUUGGAAAUCCAGAGAAGAAGAAAAAAGAAGAACAACAACAUAGAUAAGAAUAUGUGGGGGAGAAAAGAAAGUGGGAAAUAAUCUAAAACGCGUCAGUAGGAUGUUCUCUGGCUCAUAGGUAGAAGGAAUAUGAAGUGACCUACUUUAAUGCAACAGAAAAGAA